CCAGCAUGCACCGCGGGUUACAGAGAGGUCAGAAUGGCCGGAAGUAAGGAUCAAGCCAGAAUGGCAGCUCAAGCCUUCACUGCAGCGGAUGAUGAGGAGUACUGGGAAGAGUCUUCAGUUACCUCAUCCAAGAAGAAUCUGUUUGACGAUGAGGAGGAGGGCUUCACUGUGCUGGGAGUGAGUGAGAACAAGGCAGCUCGUCUGUCCAGCGCUCUCCGCUCCACCGCCCCAGACCUGUUUGCCGAUGAUGACAACGAUGACAUCACCUGGGAAACCUCCAGCAACAUCAGCAACAGCAGCAGUCAUGGCAGCAUCACGUCUGCAGAGUACCGGUCUGCCCGGUACACCCCACCCACCAACAGGAGCGGAUCUCUGUCAACAAGCAGCAGCAGGAGUACUGCAGCUACAGUCACGUUAGGUGGUUCACAAGAUAAUUCUCUCAGUGUGCAGUUUUCCAAACCAAAAAUAACCAGAAGUGAACCCAUGUCUCUGGAAGAUGCGAUCAUAGAUGUGCCGGCAAAGCAGGUCACGGCCACAGAAGUCUCCAAACUGGAAACAGAGAUUCAGUUUCUCAGAAGACAAGUUCAGCUAGGAGAAAGGGCAAGGUGGACAUCACUGCCUGUGAAGGAAACUAUCAAAAGAAUAAUUCUAGGACAGCCAUAUUCCUUGGAAGCUUACAAGUCCCUAGAAGACAAACUUGCCCUGCUGGAUGCUGCUAUUAAGAUGCAUGAUGGAGAUGCUAUCACCAUUGCCGUCCUGUUCCUGAAGAAAACUGUUAGAAAAAACAUUUUCCAGCAGGAGCUGAUUAAGAGACCUGUCGCCAUCAACCACCUCAUCCACUUCCUGUGGUGCCACUAUGACCUGGAUGACCUGGAGGAGAUUUACAGAAUAUUAGGAAGAAUGGAAGAUGUUUUUGUGCUGAAGUACAAGCAGGCCCUCGCCCCCUCCAAGGCAGCUGGCAGGGCACAGAGUAUAGCAGCAGUUGUCAGAUCCUUCCAACAUGACUCUUCUUUAGCCCCAGACUCCACUCUUCUCCUGGACCAGUGUACUCUUCUACAGAGGCAAAUACAGAUUGAGGAAGAAGACAAGAAAAUAGCGGCCAGUGGAAAGCAUCCAGUCUUCAGAGAACAUCCUCCCAAGGCCCACCUUCCCCUCACCCCCCUGACUACCACCCUGUACUACUGCAGCUUCUACCAUUAUAAUGAGUCAGAUUCAUCCUUGUCAAGCCCCCUGUCUAUCAAGAGAGACUUCCAGAUUUCAGACAAACAGUACACAUGGAGUACCCUGAAUGCCCUGGCCAAACUUCACAGGUGGAAGGAGAUUGAAGCCCUCCUAACUUCAAAGAACUGGUUUGGUGGCACUAAGAUGAAGGCCUGUAUAGGUUUUGAGAAGGUUGUGGACAUCUUGAGUAAACAGAAGGCACCUGUAGAUAUCCUGAGCAAGUAUCUGCCCUACAUUGAGGACCCAAAUGAGAGGCUGGCCCUGGCAGCAAAACUCAAGUGCCAUAGAACUGUAGUAGAUACCCUGAUUCAGCUGAAGGAUCGUACGGCGUUAGAGGACUACAGACUAAAGACUCCAGACUACAGUCUUGAGAGGCAGUAUGUCAUUACUGCAUUGAACAACUCGCAAAUCAAGUGGAAGAACUGACAACGAAAGCAAAGAUCACAAAACUCAUUAGCUUUGUGCAAGGUGAAACAGAAAACAGAGAUGAACCAUCCCUGAGGUCUAAUUACAGAGGUCAAUGAUGAGACCAGGUUAUAUAUAUACAUGUAUAUCUAUCUUGUAAAGUGGCACCCUGUCUGUCCCUAAAGUGUUUUGUGCAAUCUUAAUUGGUUCCUUUGAAGACUCCCUCAUGUCUGAUUAGUGAGGAGGAUUAUUUUUUGAGACCAGACAUUUUUGCAUACUGGCCAGUAACACCAUGGGAUCCAAUGUAUACGAAAGAGCUGCACGAACACGGACAUAAGUUAUAUAUAACUGGCCUUAUUUUCAGCUGCGUAUCUGAUGUGAUUUUUAUAUACUCUUAUCAUUGAUGUUCAGGAUAUAUUAUGCAUUAUAUUAAGUUUAGAAAGUGUUGCAUGAUAUGUCCUGUGAUUGAUGUAAACAAUAUUUUUAUAUCUGUAGUUUAACCGAAGACAAUUCCUUGUACAUUUAAUACAGGAAUAAAAGGAACUGACAUUC